GUUAAAGACUCCCAAAAUUAUUAUUUUUUGAACCUUCAAGAAAUAGGUAUAAUGGAGUUUUAUCAUAUUUUUGGUUUUCUCUCAAUUCUCAAAGAAUCCCUUCAAUUAAUUCCAAAAAAUGGAAAGCUAUUUGCAUUAAUAAGUUUUCUUCAUAUUCUAUUUUCCUCUAUCCUUUUAUCAAUCAUGAAUUUUGAACUUAAAUUCUUGAUCCAUGAUAUUGUUUUAAAGGCAUCAAUUAUGUCUACUUCAAUUGAUGAUACCUUUAAAAUCAUGAAACUUUUUGCUGAUAUUAAAGAGGAUUUUAGAAUUAUUCUAUUUAUAUAUGUUGCAAUUCUUGUUGUUCUAUCUUUAAUCUCUUUUCUAUAUACAAUUGCAACAAUUACAUUAUCAUCUAAUAUCAAUAAUUCUCUCAAAGAACUUGUUAUAAAAAUAUUCAAGGCAUUUAAACAUGCAAUAAUAACUAGAUUAUACACAACCAUGUUCACUACUGGUUAUUUUUUUAUGGUUUUUUUUUUAUUAAGUCCUAUUUUAAUUUCCUCUAGCAAUAUUUUCCUUUUCUUUAUAGGAAUUUUUGUUGGAAUAAUUUCCUUCCUAUUUAAUUUAUAUUUAUUAAUAGUUUGGAUGUUGGCUUUAGUUAUUUCAGUAAUUGAAGAAGAUUGUUAUGGAAUUAAAUCCAUAGCAAAAGCUGGAAGACUCAUUAAGGGGAAUAGAUUAAAUGGAUUUAUGUUAAAUAUUUUAUUUUCUAUAAUUUCAUCAUUAUUGUACCUAAGUUAUUUGAAGAGUAAUAAUAAACCUAAUAAAGGAGUAAUUUACCAGACACUCAAGUCUAUAUUUCUGGUUAUUAUUUCUUCUUUGUUUAAUUUAUUGUUAUUAGUGGCAUAUACUGUGCUAUACUCUCAUUGCAAGAAGGAACAUGGAGAAGAGGAAGUUGAAUUUGAUGGGAAUUUUGAGUAUAGCAAAGUAUAAAAGAGAGGAUUUUGUUUUUUGUCUUUGUAAUUUUUCAUUACAUUUUGGUUCGAGCUUUGGCAAUGGAAAGAUCUUCAGUAGGUAUUGAGCAUUUUCCUUUCAAACAAAACUUACACUGCACAAUCUGUAUUAGUCAAUUCAAUAGAUUUCGAAUGUCUGAUGGUUAUAUAUAAUUUGUAAAUCAUUUUCUUUAUAGUAAUUUGAUGCAUUUGUGUUUUGUUCCCUUUUUUAUUCUUCUUUUUA